AUGAACGAGCAGCAGGAUGACCUAAAUGAGGGAUGGAAUGCAUCCCGCUAUCUUCGAGGAGAAGAUGGGGAUCAUGACUGUGAUGACAUCUGCGACCUUUUUGGAACUCCGUUGCCGCGAAUCCCACCUUGUGUAGUUGAGGACAUGCUAACUCACGAUUCCUCUGGUAUUGGAGUGGGCAUUGGUCAUGCAAACGAAGAGAGUAGCGAUGACAGCGAUCACACUGCUGAAGAUAAUGAUGAGGAUAAUGAUGACAAGGAUGGAGAUGCCAUGGAUUUUAUGGCUAUUGAUGACAAACCAGCAGCUAUUCAAGACUUGGAUAAAAUAUUAGAUCCUUGGGUAGACUAA